AUGCUAGCGCAACGCCUAGAAGAGAAUAAGAGGCAACUCAGCGUCAUUAAUGAUCGAAUUGAGCAGUUCGCAAAGAAUCUUCAACCUUCAAAUCUCAUCAUCAACGAUGUGUCAGAGUUCCACAACAAGACUCUUUACCAGUUAGAUAAUGAACAUCAGCAGACCACUUUGGCUGCACAGCAGCUCCAGCAACUUUGGAUCCUCAAAAACUUGAUCCACGAAACACAGCUUCUGUUUGAUCCAUUGAACGAAGGCAAUUAUGUCUGCGACAGCGUUGAGUUAGAAGGAAUACUUCAGAACAUCAAGAACCUAAAGCUGAAGAUCGCCCCUUUUCUUAAAGACAACUACAUCAUUGGCUCGAAUUUGCAGGAGUCGUAUGAGAAAAUUAUCGAGUCCUACCGUCAUCAAUUGGGUGUUUUGUUUACACGUCAUAUACAGCAAGAACUGGCAUCAGUGAGAAUUUCCACUUCUCUCACAAUAAAUGAGCAAACUCAUCUGCUCAAAGACUUCUUAAGAAUAGUUUCAGACUUUGAGGUGUUUACUGGUGAAAAUGUGGUGACAGAAACGCUCAAUAGAUUCAAGCAGCUGUGGGAUAAGUUUCUUUUAGAUCCACUCGUGAACAAGAAGAACUAUCUCCUGCUAUAUUCUGAAUCGGAAAACGAGACCGUCAUUGAACUCGCAGAUGCUCUUCCAGCUUCUCAAUUUCUCUCGAAGUACUACUUUGACUCUGUUCGCAACUUUACAGCGUUCAUUAACUUGCUAGAAAACCAGUCGUUCAAAAAUUACUACCUGACAAAGAUUAACAACAACAUUGUGAACAUGAUUUCGGAAAACAUCGAGCAGUUUAUGAGCAACAGAGAGCUGCUCUCACAGGAAUUGGUGAACACCGUUCAAGGUGCCCUGAAAACAGGUUGGAAUAUGCAGAUUUCUAGAUCGCUAGGUUCAGUUGACCAAAUCGACAGCAGCAUUAAUAGACUCCACCUUGACUGGGUCACGUCCAAAUACAUCGAUAAGGUCAGGAACUACUUUAAUAGUUCAAAAUUUGCAAAAGACUUGAAGAUUUGCCAGAAUAUUGAGAUCGAGAGACAAGAAGCCGCUUUUCAACCUCCUCCUCUUCCUCCUCCUCCUCCUCCAGCACAAAGCGAGCCUCAACCCUCAGCCCAGUCUGUUCUGGAACCUGAACAGGAUGACGAAGUUGAUUGGGAUCAGCCUUGGGGAUCAGAUGAGGAACAGGCUGCUGGAGAUGAUGAUGGUUGGGAUCGCGAUUGGGACGACGAUUGGGACGAUGACGACGAUGAUGCGGUCAAAAAAUCCCCCAUAAAACCAAAACAACAAGCUCAGCUAAAGCCAGCCUCCAUCCCUCAGACUGCUCCUUCCACACAAGUUGCGCCUCCUCCCCAGGCAACAUACACAGACGUUGUAACUACAAGCUCUGUUAUAGGCGCAGUUAAACAGAUUGUCAGCGAUUUUGUUUCUGAGACUGGACAGGAGAACUUGGACGAACUUCUUUAUGCUGUUUGCGAAUUUGCAUUAACAUCUUACCGACCUCUUCACGAGCUGCUUUUGUUAUACAAUGACCUUCAAGCGCUAGGUUAUGAUGAAACCAUAACCUUUGCAGAAGCACAAUGGAAACAUGCUCAAAUUCAAUUGCGUGGCCAGAUAAGCCUCUUUUUGAGCUCUAUUGACUUCACGAAUAAUGGGGGCUCCUCUGGCUCCACCGAAGAGUCGGUUGGUAUCACUGCUGCCAUCAGCAACUUCAAUAACAGUCUCACACAAUUAGUCGAAUCUGACAUGGCUAACACCAACAAAGGACUCUUGAAAUCUACGAUCGUGGGCUUGUGCAACUACGCCAAUACUUGGGUUUUAGACGGUAUACUCUCUUCAACAGAGUUGACUGAGUUUCAGUGUGAAAAGUUCACUCUCGUUCUCGAGAGUCUUGGCGAGGUGGAGGCAAAUGUGCUUCGCAGACUUGGGUCUGAAAGCAACAGAUUGGCCACAUAUAACAAGACUAAACAGGCCAUUUUACUCUUGAACAAUCAUCUCAACGACAUCAUGGAGCAUUUCUACCAGGGAGACUUCUUCGACUUCUCUACAGAGGAGUUGAUUCAGGUGUUGAAAAGUGUAUUUAUAGCUAGUGGUCUAAGAGAGAACUGCAUUCAGGAGAUAUUCGAAGUCCGGAGCAGUUAA